AUGAACUUUGUUACCUUUAACCAGGACCACAGCCACUUGGGCGUUGGCACCACAAAUGGCUACCGCAUAUACACAACCGACCCCUUCAACAAGCAGUCCGAGUCGCGGGAAGGCGAUGUCUCCAGCCUCGAGAUGCUCUUCUCAACGUCGCUGGUUGCGCUCACACUGUCACCUCGAGUACUGCGUAUACAAAACACUAAGGCAGGCACUGACAAGGCCAAGAGGCACUCCACCAUAUGCGAGAUGACAUUUCGGACGGCUAUUCUGGCCAUGCGCAUGAAUAGGAAACGGCUUGUGGUAGUCCUGGAAUCAGAGCUCUACAUCUACGACAUAAGCAAUAUGCAGAUGCUCAAGACUGAGAAGACGUCACCAAACCCAAACGCCAUAUGUGCCCUCUCUGCAUCAUCGGAAAACAACUACCUCGUGUUCCCGCUGCCUACGAAAGCCGCCCCUGCCACCUUCCAGCCACCCUCGCAUGCGCCGCCCAAAACGGACCACAUCGCGCCCACGAGCGGCGAGGUAUUGAUAUACGAUGCGACAAAGAUGGAGGCAGUCAAUGUCAUAGAGGCGCACAACUCCCCGCUGUCCUGCGUUGCACUGAACAGCGACGGCACCCUGCUUGCGACAGCAUCGGAGAAGGGCACCAUCAUUCGAGUCUUUUCGAUCCCCGAUGCGCAGAAACUAUAUCAGUUCAGGAGAGGCUCUAUACCGGCGAGGAUAUACAGCAUGUCAUUCAACUCGACGUCGACGCUACUGAGCGUCUCUUCAGCGACUGAGACGGUUCACAUCUUCCGGUUGGGUGCGCCCAACAGCAGGAGUAACAGCGUAUCCUCAGGCCCUACGCGACCAGCGGGCUCUCCCAACCAGCCGAAUAGCAUGUCCGCGAGCGAAGAAGCGUCUGACGAGUUUGGUGCCAGCACAGCAGACGUGUCAGCUCCAGAGCGAAAAGCGUUAAACCCGACACUUGGGAGUAUCAUAAGGCGCACAUCCCAGACAGUGGGAAAGUCGUUUGCUGCUACGGUUGGCGGAUACUUGCCCAACGCCGUCGCAGAGAUCUGGGAGCCCUCGCGCGACUUUGCCUGGGUCAAGAUACCGCGCUCGCCCACGACGUCGUCGUCUGGGCCCGUGCGAAAUGUGGUUGCGCUCAACAACAACGGACCGCAAAUCAUGGUAGUUACCAGCGAGGGCAACUACUAUGUCUUCAACGUCGAUCUCGAAAAGGGUGGCGAAGGAACCCUGUACAAGCAAUACUCCCUUCUAGAACCGAGUGAGCUUGCAGCAAGCAACUCGCAAGAUCUGCCGGAAUAG